AUGAAUGAAUUAAUAAUUUUUGAUACGAAUCAUUCAAAAUCAAUAAAUGAUUGUGAAUUGGAUUAUUACAGCAAAAAAUUAGCAACCUGUUCCAGCGACAAUACAGUAAAAAUAUUUGAUGUAAGUCUUUCAAAAGACCCUGUGUGUAUAGCCGAAAUAAAAGAUCAUAGUUCGGCUGUUUGGAAAGUAUGCUGGUCACAUCCAAAAUAUGGAAGUCUUUUAGCUAGCUGUUCAUAUGAUAAAAGUGUAAUUAUUUAUAAAGAAGUAAGUGUAAAUAAAUAUGAAAUGAUAUAUUUAAAUAAUGAACACAAAAGUAGUGUCAACUAUAUUGAAUGGUCCCCACAUGAAUAUGGCCUGCAUUUGGGGUGUGCAAGUUCAGAUGGGCAUAUUAGUAUAAUUUCAUAUUAUAUGAAUAAAGAUACUAACGAAGGGUAUUGGAAUAAAAAUAGCAUAAAAGCUCAUCUGAAUGGAACAACGUGCUUAAGUUGGGAAAAACCUUAUAAUUCCUUACCAAAUAAUAAAAAUCUAAAUGAUACUGAUUUUAUAAAUUCAUUUAAAUUAGUAUCGGGGGGAUAUGACAACCAAGUCAUUAUUUGGAUGUUUGAUAAUAACACAAAAGAAUUUCAUAAAAUUUUUCAGAUGAACGACAAACCACACAAUUCAGCUAUAAAAGAUGUUUCUUGGAGACCUAAUAUAAAUAAUUCAACAAAUAUCAUUGCUUCUUGUUCAGAAGAAAAAAUAGUUAUAUUAUGGGUAGAAGAUAUAAGCAAUAACAGAUGGAAAAAUGGUCAAGUCAUAAAAUUAAAACACAAAAUUCAUAAAAUAAGUUGGUCACCAAAUGGUACAAUUUUAGCAAUAGCUUGUAGUGACGAAAAUGCUUAUUUAUAUAAGGAAAAUAUGGAAGGAGUAUGGGAAGAAAUAUGUAAUUUAACUGAUGACAAUUCUUUAUCAGAUUCCUUUAAUUUAUUAAAUGAAACAAAUAAAAAUAAUUUCCCUAUUAAUCAAGAUAAUAUAUCUUUAAAAAAUAAUGCACAACUUGAUGAAUAUAAUACUUCAUAUGUAAACGAAAAUACAAACACUUCAAACAUCAAUGUGAAUUAUCCAAAUAAAAAUAUUUAUGUAGAUAACCCACAUCAAUUAAAUUAUCAAAAUAACGAUUCUUUUAAUUCCUUUUCUCAAGCAAAUUAUGGAGCAAAUACAAAUUCACUCAAUGCUCAAUACGGAAAUUCAUUUACACAAUCAAAUAUGAAUAUAAAUAAUUCAUUUCAGGGUAAUCAAGUACAAAAUAACCCUAAAAAAAAUAUGCCAAUACAAAAUAAUCAAACACAGAACAUGCCAAGCACAUUUCAAAAUAACAAUUAUGGUCAAGCCCCUUCAUCAACAGUUCCAAUAAACUCUAACAUUCAUAAUUUUAAGAAUAAUACAAAUCAACAAAAUUCAUCGCAAAACUAUUUAAUGAUGCAAAACAAAAAAAAUAGCACAAGUGUUACGUCAAAUAUAAACAGUUUACAAGUGGGUAUACCACCACCACCACCACCUCCUCCUCUUCCUCCAUCUGCACAAAACAGUUCAUAUGUAGAUUCGAAUUUCCCAUCUCAACAAUUACCAAAUUCUUCGACUAAUUCACAUCAGCCUAAUUCUACUUCAUCAUACUUUGCUCAACCAUCACCACCAUUAAAUUCAGUAGCAACAACAAAUUCAAUGAUAAAUAAACCUAAUUUUUCACCACCUUCACAAGUAUCAACUGGUUUUACACCACCUCAACUCCCAAAUUUUCCAAAAGCAGCUACAUCCUCAGUACAACAUCCUUCUUUUUCAAAUAUUAAUGCAAAUAAUACCAAUUUCACACCAACUUCUCAGAUACCAACAAAUUUCCCUAAAUCAUCUAAUUCAAUACAAUCAUCUCAAUUUCAAAAUAUUAACUCUAAUAAAACUAAUUUUAAUGCACAACCUCCUCCACCACCACCACCACCACCUCCAUAUUCUUCCACAUCACCUACACAAACAAACAUUGCAAAAGGUAUAAAUAAAAAAAAUAGUUUUUCUAAUUUUAAUUCUAAUGUGAAUCAAACAAAUAUACCUCCCGUAAACUCUGUUUUACAACCUACAAAAAAUAUGAAUUCUAAUUUUCCUCAGAUGAGUUAUCAUCCGCCCCCCCCACCCCCACUAAAUGCAGUAAAUGAAAACAUUUUAAAACCAACUAAUCAAUUUAAUUAUCCUAAUUAUAAUAUUCCAGCACAUCAAAAUACAAAUGUAAAUAACUAA